UGUAUACAGUACAGUACAGCUUUUAAUUUGCAAUGAAUUUUGAUCGCAUUGUAUUUUAUAAGUCGACUUAUAAGUUCUGACUUCAGUCAGAAAAAUGUAAACUUUGCAGUUGUGUAUUUGUUUUUUUUGUUUUGUUCUUUUUUUUCUAAUACAUGACAACCCUGACAAGCAGCUGAAAAUUCUUAUUCAGUUUCCUUUGAGUGUGCGCUCGCUGAAGCCAAUGACCAGCAGAUUGCAUUUACUUAUAGCUAUAUCAAUUUGACUGCGAUUCUCACACAUCCUUGCUACUAAGGCUAUGCUAGCAUCCAUUGUGAAGCCUGGUACAUUUCGACACAUCAUGUGUCGAAACAAUAUAUAUCCACGCAGUAAUGUAACGCGUUUCUCAGUGCCAGAUGAUUUGGUUUUUUGGAAUGUUCCCUAUGAAUCGUAUUGCCCGACCUGCUAUACUGCGCCGCACAUUAAUGGCCAGACGUGGGCAGAUGAACCGCUGCCAUUUGGAAUCAAAUGGAAUCAGAAUGAUGGCCUGGUAAAUCGAGUCUCAUUCCACGGUGAAUACAAGAUAAAAAAUGGUCUGCCACAAAAUCCUAUUGGCCGGACAGGAUUGUGUGGGCGUGGCUUAUUAGGACGCUGGGGUCCUAAUCAUGCGGCCGAUCCAAUAGUCACGCGCUGGAAACGUGAUGAAAACGGUGAGGUUCUGAGUCAUGAGAAUAGCGGCAAAAACAUACUCCAGAUGGUAGCUAUACAGCGCUCAGACAAUAAAAUGUGGGCAAUUCCUGGCGGCAUGGUUGAUCCGGGAGAGAAUGUGAGCGUCACACUGAAACGCGAGUUCACCGAAGAGGCCCUCAAUUUCGAUGAUAAAGGCAACAUGGUCGAGCAGUUCUUCAAGCAGAGUGGGGAACAUGUCUACAGCGGAUAUGUUGACGACUUUCGCAAUACGGACAACUCGUGGAUGGAGACAACAGCACUGAAUUUCCACGACGACGACGGCAGCAAAGUUGGUCAGCUGCAACUGCAAGCCGGUGACGAUGCCACAAAUGUGCGCUGGACAGAUAUUAACGGGGACCUCAAAUUACACGCCAACCAUGCAGAUAUUGUAAGAGAGGUCAUUAUCAAGCGGAAUGCGCAUUGGUAGGCGACAAAUAAUAUAGUGUAUUCAUUUGUUUAAAUAUCAAAUUUUUCACUUAUUAAUUUGCUAAUAUAGGUUACAUUCAUUUAUAUAUGUGAACUAUUUAUAGAUUAUUUAAUUGAAAGCCUUUAAGAUGGAUAUGGUUA